GUGUAAAAAAACAAAAAAAAAAAAAGAUUACGAAAGGAGCAUCGUCCUCUCUCAGUGGUCACUCGCUGCCUUUGAUUGUCUACUUAUAAACCCUACCUUUUUAUAAACCCUAGCUUGCCUUCGCGUUUAGUAUACUGUGCUCACGAACGGUUCGUUCUCUCGCGUCGCCAGAGAUGGCAGCUGACUCGGCGAAUCGUUGCCGCCGAUUUCCCUCCGACGAGACCGGCCUUAUUUCGUUCUCGUCUUCAGAUCUCUUCUCUCAACGCGGCGUACGCUCCGACCGUGGUCUCCGUCACUUUUAUCUACUCCUUGGCUCGGGAAUCGCUCCGAUUGGCAGAUAUGAUGGCUCCUCCGGAAAGCUAGGGUUUGAGGCCUGGUCCGAUUCGCAGCUUCAGGCUAUCCUUCUACUCUCACAAUAUCUAUUAGCGGACCAAGUCGAACCUAUAGCUCUGGGUGUUAUCCAGGAGGUGAUGGAGUUCUCUCCCAGCUUCUUGGAGAAGUCGAACUUUACACAAAAUGAUCCGAACAUGGAGAUUAACAUGGAAAUGCUUUUGGAGAUUGCUUCGUUUGAUGGAAGUGAUAUAUUGCCACCUGUCUCUCCUGCUGAAGCUUCAGAACUGUGGUCAACAUUUGUGACUUUCCAAGCAGUGGGCAGGUUCUCAAAUGAAGAGAAGCCAGUUGACCGGCUUCUUAUUUUCCUGAUGUCUGAAUGCAUUGAAUCUGUUACCCAGACUCAUUCAGUAGGCAAGCCCUCUUUCCACGUGAAUCCCCUGUCUCGCCACCUGGCAGUUGCUCACAUUGGCUUUGUUUGUUGUCUGAUUAUGGUCUGCAAAGAGCUUUUUCAACUACCAAGUGUGUUAGAUGAGAAGACCAUCGAUCAUACUUUCCUUGAUAAAUUGUCAUUUUGCUUAAGAAUUCUGAAGCUGCUGGGAAGACUUUCCAAAGAUGUUCAAUGUAUCGAAAACGACAGGACAUUGUUACAAGCGGUAGCUACGUUCACAGAUGCUUUUCCUAAGCUGUUCAGGGUUUUCUCCGACUACCCUGACCACACUUCUACAGAGGGUGAUAUUGAUAGUCUUUCUCUAGGGCUGGUGGAUGGAUUUCUUAAUCUUGUCCAGAUUUCUCAUGACGAGGAACCCCUGUUUGGAAACUUGUUCUCUGAGGGUAGCCGUUCUCUGUGUUCCAUAGAACCAAACGAUCAACCACCCGUUGCUGUCAGCAGCAGUUUACCACUGCAAGCUGCAAAGGAACUGUUGAACUUCCUUAGAGUGUGCAUUUUCGGUAAGCAAUGGGUUCAUAGGAUGUACGAAGGUGGAUGCAAAAAGCUUGACAUUGGUCACAUGGAUAUCCUGCUCAAUAUAGUAGGCUGCAGUACUGAAGACAAGGCCUCUGAUGGUGGUUGCAUGCUCCAAGAUGAAGGGAAACCUGGACGUGUUACCUUGGAGCUGUUACUUAAUCUCUUAAGUGGUCGUGCUCUGUCUGAUUCUCGUGAGUCCUACCUUUUUCAGAAAAUUCUUGCUGUUGAAAAUGGUGAGUUCGAGUAUGGAGUUGGUAAGAAUAUGGAGUUUAGAGACAUUCUGGUUGGUGUUUUAAAUCAUCUCCAAGCUGCACCUGAGAAGGCGGUCGAGGAUUUGGGUUGGGAUUUUAUCCGUGAAGGAUCGUGGCUCUCUCUUCUGUUGUAUUUCAUCAAUGGUGGCUUAUGGGGUUAUUGCAAGAAAAAGGAGUGCACAUCUGUCAAUGCCAAGUAUAUUGCUACCGCCGAUGGCAUUCGCUCCUACUUGAUGGAAAUUUAUGCCCUCGUAGAGUUGCUGAGAGUGCUUUCAUCGCUGGUUAGCAAGUAUUUACAAGUGCAUAGGAAAGCUUUCCUUGCAACUUUCAGUACUUUGAAUCACCAUGGCCACAGUUCGCCAUCUCUACUACUUCUCAAGCAUACUCUAUUUGGUAAAAGUCUUCAAGCUGAUGAAUAUGUGAAGAUUGGUGACAAUUCCCUUCAUCUUCAAUGCAUGUUUUAUCCAUCGAAACUGGAUGCUCUGGGUGAUGAUGGAAGAGGUCCGGUUGUUUUAUGCGGAUUUAUGGUAAAUGGGUUGCAGAUCUUUGUGAAAACUCUAACGGGUAAGACGAUAACCCUAGAGGUCGAAUUGUCCGACACGAUCGACAAUGUCAAGGCCAAAAUUCAGGACAAGGAAGGGAGCCCACCGGACCAGCAGCGUCUGAUCUUUGCCGGGAAGCAGUUGGAAGACGGGAGGACACUCGCAGACUACAACAUCCAGAAGGAGUCGACACUUCACUUGGUUCUGCGUCUGAGAGGAGGAGGAAAGAUUAAGAGGAAGAAGACACUCUUCAUUACCGGUCUCAAUGCCAAAACUGGACCAAGAGCUAUCCUCAAGUUCUUCGAGGAUGCUGGAGAAGAAGUUGUUCGUGUUCAAUUUUUAAUAGACCACAGGCAGAGAAGGCGCGGAUGCGCUUUUGUGUUUUUUGCUUCGGCUAAGGAAGCAAAGAAUGCGCGGGAAUUGAUGAAGAAUGGCGUAGAAUUGGACGGGAACAUGAUAUAUAUUGCCGCCCGAGCUACUCUCCCUGAAGGCGCUGGAAAGUAUUGGUUAGAUUACACGGUUUGUUACGGUACUGUGGCUGAAUCGACACAGAAUGAGAAUAUACUCAUUGUUUCCAAUCUCUCUCCCCAGACUAAAGUGUCUCAUAUUAUCGAUUUCUUCGGAAGUGUGGGAUAUGUUGUUACUGCUCAAAUAAUUGUAAACUCCAAGGGUAAGCGUGUGGGCUACGCCUUUGUUGAGUUCGCGGAUCCUUGUACAGCAAACAUGGCGUUGAAAACGAAACAUUGUCUAUAUUUGCUUGAUCAUAAGGUUUUCCUAGCUACAACGUCGUCACUUACAGGCCGUCCCCAACCUUUCCUUGUAGACAAACUCUGGAACGACUACUUUCUGACAAAGGAUGAAAACACGCUCUCUGUCACCAACCUCUCUUGCGAUACUGAAAUAGAAGAUAUCAUCGAUUUCUUCAAUGAUGAUGCACGAGUUGUUCAAGUUCAAUUUUGUAUGGAUUCCAGUGACAAGCGAAUGGGCCAGUGUUUUGUUGAGUUUGCUUCCGCUGAAGAGGCAAAUCUGGUGUUGUACACGAAGCUUACUAAAACGUUGAACCAUCAGAAAAUUUCGCUUGCUUGGGCCGCUGAUGUUCCACGCAUUACGCCAUAUUGCCUCGUUCACAAGGUAAAGUAAGAAGAAGAAGAAGAAGAAGAAGAAGAAGAAGAAGAAGAAGAAGAAGAAGAAGAAGAAGAAGAAGAAGAAGAAGAAGAAGAAGAAGAAGAAGGGUUUAAUGAAACUUACACUGUUUAUGAUGAAGUAGACCAAAGAAGAAGGAGUAUCUUCUUCUCCAAUUUCCUUAGAUCACAGCGACUAUCUCAUAUCACCAACUUCUUCAAAGUUAGAAAGGAUUCUGGAAAAAAAGGUACUGAAGAUUUUAGAAAAGGUGAAGAUUUUAGGGUUCGACUUGCUAUAAACCUGAACGGGAAUAGUCUCGGCUGUGGCAUUAUUGAGUUUGAGACUGCUGACAGAGCAAAGAAGGCGCUGCUGUACGAGAGUAGUCGUCUGAAUAUAAUUUCUGACGUGGUUGAGAUGUCUCCAUACCCUAUCCGACCCAAGUACAAGUACAACCGUGCAGAGAAGCUCUGGAACAAAUUUAACCUUCCACCAGAAAUCCCUCCGGUCGUUAAACGGAAAUAUUCUCAGUUAUCAGAGAGAAGGUCAGAGAAGAAAACCUUCUCUGAUGAUGACUGAUGGAAGAAGAUGAAGAAACUAUAUUUCAACUUGAUAUUCUAGUUUAGUUAUUUUGUGAAUCUAUGUUGAAAUAUGCUUUAAAUUCUGAUGUUUUGUUAGAUUCAAUCUUUAAAAGGACUA